AAUCUAAAAACAGUCUAUGAUUAGGGUAGGUCAAGGAAUUUGGAUCCCGUCCUUACCUCUUCGUGUUUAUUUUAUUUUUCUUAGUGUUUUUCUAUAUUUUCUUAGUUAAAUAAUGAUAGUAUCUAUUCAGAUCACGUAUUUAUUGUUUGUUUGUUAGUUUUUAUAAGUUGACAGGUAUCACAGCUAUAAAUGUAUUUCAUGAUUUGCUAAAAAAUGAUAUCGGGGUCUCAGCGGAGAAGGCAACAAAGAAAUCCUUUAGUGUUCUUAGAUAUUGUGACUGAUGGCGAGCCAGCUGGAAGAAUAGUAAUAGAGCUUAGAGCCGAUAUAGUGCCUAGAACUGCUGAAAACUUUAGAGCAUUGUGUACGGGAGAGAAAGGAAUAGGUACCAAUGGAAAACCACUGCAUUACAAAGGAGUUCGCUUCCAUAAAGCUGUGUCUCAGUUCAUGGUACAAGGGGGGGACAUUGUCAAUGGAGAUGGCACUGGAGGGGAGAGUAUAUAUGGACCAACAUUCGAAGAUGAAAAUUUUAAUCUCAGGCACGACCCCGGCGUGGUGAGCAUGGCCAACAAAGGCCGGCCGCAUACCAACGGUUCCCAGUUCUGCCUCACCAAUGUACCGUGCCCUCAACUUGAUGGACGUAAUGUAGCCUUCGGGCACAUACACUCCGGUCUCGGUUUACUGGCUGAUAUACAGGCGUGUGCUGAAGAUAACGGACGUCUUACUAUUGAGUGCAUAAUAGCGGACUGCGGCGAGAUCUUGAACCCACUGGACUGGGGCGUCUGCUGCAACGACGGUACGAGCGACAGACUGCCCGAGUACCCGGAGGACUCCGCCUGCGAUACGCUGCCUGUAAGUAUAACCAGGACUGCAUAAGUUGAGAUUCAAAUUGUAUUAGAUCUCGUUAAACUUUGGUUAAUGGCGCCUAAAGAUCGAAAUUAGCCAUAAAAGUACCCAACUAUCAAAAAUAU